AUGUCCUAUCAAAUGUCCCAGCUGGGCCACCGGGCCUUCAACCACGAUCAAAGUGGUGAUGCCGAGCAAGAGUACGAUCGCCUGCGCGACCUCGCCCGGCAAGAAGCCUCGAAACGCGGCGACUGUUUCCAACGGUCGAAAGAGGCGUACAACAAUGGAGACGGCGCGCGCGCCAAAGAACUAUCGGAACAAGGCAAGGCGCACGGUCGCAAGAUGGAAGAAUACAAUAAGCAGGCGUCAGAGUUUAUCUUCCGGGAGAACAACGCCGAUGGUCGCGUAGAGGCCGACACAAUCGACUUACACGGCCAAUUUGUCGAGGAAGCCGAGGAGAUUCUGGAGGAGCGCAUUCGAUAUGCCAAGUCGCAUGGACAGGACCAUUUGCAUGUAAUCGUCGGCAAGGGUAACCACUCGUCCGGUCACAUCCAAAAAAUCAAGCCUCGUGUCGAGCAAAUUUGCCGCGAGCUGGGUUUGCAGUACGCGACCGAGGAGAACGCCGGUCGUAUCUAUGUCAACUUGACGGGUGGUGAAGCCGUUAUGCCACCACAUGCGUCGCACCAGACGCCUCACCACGGGGGUGGUGGUCAGUCCUCCUACCCAGGUCAACACCAGCAGCAACAGCCGCAUCACCAGCAACACCAGCAGCAACAGAACCAGAAGCAGGACGAGAUCGAGCAGGUCGUUCAUGCACUGGUUCCCAAGAUCAUGCGCAAGUUGGAGAAGGCCUGCUGUGUUGUGAUGUGA